UUAACUAUAAUUUGCAAGCACCCCUAGCCCGGACUUACGGGGCCGCGGCAAGGGGUAUGGAUCGAAAUAAUUGUGAGUUGUGAUACGAGUCUUGAAGCUUGGCGAUUAGGGAAAGAAUCAUAAUUGAUAUCCAAAUCCGGUAUUAAAUUACUUCCUCAACUGCAAUUCUGCAAAUGGGUUUGUUUGUUUGUUUGUUUGUUAUAAUCUGCCAUAUUACUCUCACAAAAACAAUUUUCCUUUCCAAAUUAUAAAAUUCAUUCAUCUUCUUACAAAACUCAAAUUCUCCUUGAUUUUCGCAAAUCAGUAAGAAAAUAACUUCCAACUAUUUAUUGUAAAAAAACAACCUUUGAACAAAUCUCAUCUGAAAAAUCCUGGCUUCAGAUAUCUGGAAAUUUCUGUUCAAACCCAGAAAAACCAAAUCUUCACCUUUUCUUUCACUUCAUCAGACCCGGAUGCUCCUAGGGACCAUGGAUUUUAACCCGUUUAAAUACUGUUCUGGGCUUCGUUACUUGGGUUACUUGAUGAUCUUCAUGGUUUUGGGUAUCAUUGCCCUCACUUAUUGGGCUGUCAUUGUUAUUUUAUGGGGCCCAAAGUUGAUCCAUGGUGGGACUCAAGCUGUUCUUGCUGGUUUCAUUGUUUUUGUCUUCCAUGUUCUUCUUAUACUGUUAACAUGGAGCUACUUUAUGGUUGUCUUUCAAGACCCUGGAUCUGUUCCUCAAAAUUGGGCUCCAGAGUCAGAUGGUCAAUUGGAGGAAGGUACUUCUUCAGCAGCUUUAGCAUCUCCUUGGCCUGUAUCAAAUGGAAGGUCGAAUGUUGGAUUUUGUAGCCGAUGUCAGAAUGCCAAGCCACCACGUUGCCACCAUUGUUCUGUCUGCCAAAGAUGUGUUCUUAAAAUGGAUCAUCAUUGCGUAUGGGUGGUCAAUUGUGUUGGGGCCCGUAAUUACAAGUUCUUCCUUUUAUUUCUUAUUUAUACAUUUUUGGAAACAGUUUUGGACACAUUUGCAUUGCUCCCUAAAGUUAUAUCAUUACUUGGAGAAGCAAAGCAACAUUCUGCCGAUCCUGGGGAUCUUGCUUUAAUUGUAUUGGUAUUUGUUCUAAAUUUGGCAUUUGCCCUUAGUCUACUUUGUUUCAUUAUUAUGCACGCAACACUGCUUGGGAGCAACACGACAACUAUUGAGGUUUAUGAGAAGAAGAGAGAUAAAAAGGAAAGACCCUCUAGAUGGAAGUAUGACUUGGGUUGGAAAAGAAAUGUUGAGCAGGUCUUUGGUACGAGAAAGGCAUUAUGGUGUCUUCCGAUGUUUUCAAAGCAUGACCUCGACAAUGUAACCUCGCUACAAGGGACUUAUUUUCCGAUGCGUGAUGAUUCUGAGUCAUAACAAACCGGUAAGUAUUAGAUCAAACAAACCGAUAUCAAUAUGUAGAGUGCUGUCGCACCAGUUAGACGGCCCAGUUGUAAUAUUCGAGUUCACGGGCAAGUUUGUCAUUGAAUCAGCUGGAGUAUCGAAAAUAUUGCCAUUGUACAUGUUUGUGUGAGCAUUCCUCGUUGUCACAAGCACGAGUAGGUUAUAUUGUUUCAUUUGUUAUCAAGUCUCGAAAAGUCGGAUUUGCAUAUAUUGCUCAGUAUGUCUCUUGCGGACAUCAGAUUUGUAUGAAACUGCUCACCUGCAGAUACUUCUGAACUCCAAAGUUCUAAUCGAAACAUCGAUCUUUUUUUCUGUUUCUCUUUCGGGUCGGAUUCUAGAAGGUUGAUGCCAAUUUCUAUGAUGGAUUAUGGCAUGGUUAAUUACAAGUAUUAUAUAAUAGACAUUUUGCAA